UUCUCUUUUUAACAUCAACAGCUAAAUUACUUAAUUUCAAUUACCAACCAGUGCUAAGACCUAACAAUUACCGGACACUGAGUAUGCUCUUUAGUGCUUGAAACAGGCCACAUAAGUAAGGUUCAUGGUUGACAUAGAAAUUUAAAUUUGUGAACAUAUUUUGGUUAUUUUGUAUCAAAGUGAUAAAAGAAGUAGACAGAGGAUUCUAUAAAAAAUAGUAAAGGUUUCAGAUAGAAUCGAUUUGGUAUAAUGGCGGCAGGUAUCAGAUCCAGAACGCAGACACAGCCACAGGCUCCAACACAAACUAGAAUCUUCUCCAACUCUAGGAGGGGUUCAUUGGAGACAUCUGAUAAGCCAGAUAUAGCUAUGACAAUAUUGAAAGAGUUAAGAGAUUUUAAAGUGCAGAUUAGACAGGAACUUAAAGAUACAAGAGAGGAGAUAAGACUGGACGUACACAAGGAAAUUGGGGAACUGUCGAAAAAGAUAGAUGGGAUGUCUAAGGAUGUUGUGGAACUAAGAACAGAAGUAGAAGAAGUUGUAGUUAGAACUAAAGAAUUGGAUAGGAAAACGGAACGGUUAGCUAAAGACAGGGAAACAGAUAAACAAAACAUUUUGAUCCAGGAAAUUAGGUACAGGGACAGAAGUGUGAAAAUUAGAGGACUCCCUGAAAAGGAAAACGAAAAUCUUAUUAUACAAUUACUCCCGGAGUUAGCUAGCUAUUUGGAUAUACCGGACGAGACCUUAGAUUUACAGUUUGAAAAAGCAUUCAGGAUUAAUUCGACUUUUGCCAAAGAGAGGAACCUGCCUAGAGAUAUUGUCUUAUGCUUUACGAAUUCUAGAAUACGAGAAAAACUAUGCCAGUUAAAUUAUGAAGAAAGACUAGUUAUAGAUGGUAAAGAGCUUGAAGUAUUUAGAGACUUACCAGCUAACAUUCUGAAGAAAAGGCAGGAAUACAGAUUUUUAACCCAGUUACUGCAAAAAUUAAACAUUAGGUACAGGUGGGAGAGAAUAGAAGGCAUCUCACUAACUUACGGUCAAAAAAGAUACAGAAUCAAUUCAAUAGAAAAAGCAAAAGACAUAUACAAGAAACUGAUAGCGAGGAAAAAGAAAGAGGAAGAGAAGGAAGAUAAAGAAAAAGAAAAGAAGAAAGAUGAUAAAAGUAGUGCCGAAUUAGUCUUUGAGGAAACAAGCUAUACCCAGGGAAUCAAGGGGGACAAAGAUUUAGAUGUGCAGGAAGUCUCGUUAAUAGACUUAGACCCUGCGGUGCAGGAUAUUAGCAGAGACUCAAACUCUGACGAAUUGUAUUGAUUAACUUAGAUUGUUGGUUUAUAGAAAACCUCAUAAUUAUGACAUUAAAAAUUUGUUCUUUUAAUGUGAGAGGGUUAAAUAAAAGUCACAGAAGGAAAGAGACCUUUCAUUAUUUAGAAAAAAACAACUAUGACAUAAUCUGUUUACAAGAAACAAAGAUUAGAAACAAUGAGAUAAAAUGUUUGAGAAACCCCAAAUUAGGAUGUUUGUAUUUUUCAUCUGAUGAAAACAAGUGAAGAAGAGGGGUCGCUAUUUAUAUAAGCAGAAAAUUUGAGUCAAAUUUAAUCGUUAAGGAUAAAGAAGGAAGAUUUGUAGUAGUUGAAGUCGUGGUGGGCAACGUAAAAAUCAAAAUUGCAUGUAUCUAUGGACCACUUGAAAGAAAGGACAUAUUUUUUCUCAAUCUAAAUAAGGAACUGUGUGAAUGUAGUACUGACAACCUAAUCUUAGCAGGAGACUUUAAUGGGGUUUUGAAACCCAAAAGGGACAGGGAAUCUAAUAAGAAAAUUCAAAAUAAUCAAGGAAAACUCCCUAACACGUUUUUUGAGCUGUUAGAGGAGCAUGAAUUAACGGACGUAUGGACACAUCUUAAUAAGGGGAAAAAAGGAUACACGUUUUAUUCUGGGACACAUAACUCGUUUUCCCGUUUGGAUAUGUUCUUCACAACAAAAAAAUUGACAACAAAACUCAAAAGGAUGGAAAUAGCGCCUAGAUUAUUAUCUGAUCAUAAUUUAAUAGAACUAACAAUAGAUCUGGGUUUUAGAAAAAUGAUAGGAACAUGGAAAUUAAAUGAGAACUUGAUUAAAGACUCCAAAUUUGUGGAAACUAUGAAAGAGGAAAUGAAACAAUUUUUUAAGGAAAAUAAUACAAAUGGAAUGAAAAGUAAGGUGGUAUGGGACACCUUCAAAUCAGUGAUAAGAGGGAUGUUAAUUAAAAGGGGUUCAGAAAUUAAAAGACAGAAGGACGUAAAACUAAAAAAAGAUUUGCAAGAAUUAAAGAUAAUAGAGGAGAAAAUGAGAAUACAUAAAAACAGUAAUAAUUUGAAAAAUCAAUAUGUAAUUCUAAAAAACAGAAUACGACUGGCAAACACGGAAGAGAUCGCAGCUAAGUUAAUGAGAAUCAAACAACAACACUUUGAAGGAGCUAAUAAAUCGGGACGAUGGCUAGCGUACAAAUUAAAAAAAGAAACUGAAAAACGGAUGAUUAGUGAAAUUAAGACAGGCCAAAAAACACUAACCCAACAGGAAGAGAUAAUAAGAGCAUUUGAAGAAUACUUCACAAAUGUAUUUAAAGAAGAUAAGGACACCAAGGAGGAGGAUUAUGAUAAAAAAUUAAGUAACUUUCUUAAUAGAAAAAACAUAAUACAACUGACAAAACAACAAAUUGAGGAAUUAGAAAAACCUAUACAGGAGGAGGAAAUAGUGAAAGGAAUAAAAGCCUUGAAAGAGGGGAAAGCACCCGGGCCAGACGGCUACACGGCCUUGUUUUAUAAAACAUUUGUAAAAGAGAUUGCCAGGGAACUAGAGAAAGUAUUCAACAACAUAACAGAUGAGGGUGUGCCUGACACAUGGAACUUGGCAAAUGUGACUUUAAUUCCUAAGGAGGGUAAAGAUAGCACUGAGCUCGCUAGCUAUAGACCCAUUGCACUCUUAAAUAUAGACUCAAAAAUUUAUACAGGAAUCUUGGCAAACAGAUUGAAAAGCGUAUUGAAAGAUAUCAUACAUACAGACCAAAAUGGAUUCUUGCCAGGAAGGCAUGUAAGAUCUAAUAUACGCACCAUCCUGAAUAUAAUAGAGCACUAUACAAUACAUAAUGACAAAAAAAUGGCAUUAAUGCUGGUAGACACUGAGAAGGCGUUCGAUAAUCUAAGAUGGAAAUUUAUGUUUGAGGUUAUGAAAAGAAUGGGGUUUGGAUGCAGAUGGUUAUCAAAUAUUGCCCAACUAUAUACUGAUCAAAAGAUUCAAGUUUUAGUAAAUGGACAAAAGACAAAUUGCAUUAAGGUAGAGAAGGGUACAAAACAAGGAUGCCCCCUUUCACCACUACUCUUUAUUAUGGCACUAGAAGUCUUGAACAACUCUAUAAGAGCGAACAAUACAAUUACGGGUGCAAAGGUAAAAGGUGUUGAAUACAAGCUUCGGGCAUAUGCUGAUGAUAUGCUAUUAAUACUAGAAGAUCCAAUCAAAUGUAUUGACCAUGUUUUAGGAGAAAUGAAAGAAUUUGGGUUUUUUUCAGGAUUCAAGAUAAACAAAAACAAGAGUAUAUUGAUUACUAAGAACAUGAGAACGGAAGAUGAAGAAAAAUUGACAAUAAAAUCAGGAAUUGAAGUUAA